CACAGCUGUGAUCCCAACCUGUUCGUCCAGAACGUUUUCAUCGACUCCCACGACCCGGGGUUCCCCGUCAUCGCCUUCUUCACCAGCAGGGUGGUGAAGGCAGGCUCGGAGCUGACCUGGGAUUACUCCUCCUCCUCCUCCUCCUCCUCCUCCUCUGGAGCAGAAAGUAGUCCCGGAGCAGAAAGUAGUCCCGGCGCUGUGUGUCUCUGCGGCAGCGAGGCGUGCCGCGGUCGCUUCAUGGUGGGAGAUCAGCUGUGUGACUCCUGUGAGGUCAAAGGUCACACUCAGUGACCCCCCCGCCCCCCUCCCCUACCGGUUCAAACCUCUGCACUCUUUUUAUACACUGAAAUAAAUGCACUCUAUUUUGAAAAUCA